AUGUCGAACAUCUUCGAAGCAGGGAGCACAGAGGAGCGUGGCGAGAAUGCCCGUUUGAGCGCCUUCGUCGGAGCUAUCGCCAUUGGAGACUUGGUGAAGUCUACGCUGGGUCCCAAGGGACAGGACAAGAUCCUCCAGAGUGCAUCAACCGGCGAGAUUAUGGUGACAAACGACGGUGCGACUAUUCUCAAGAGCGUGGCACUAGACAAUGCAGCGGCAAAGGUACUGGUCAACAUCUCAAAAGUACAGGACGAUGAAGUUGGAGACGGCACAACAAGUGUAGCAGUUUUGGCUGCAGAGUUGCUGCGCGAGGCAGAAAUUCUGGUCAACCAGAAGAUCCACCCACAGACCAUCAUUGAGGGCUACCGGAUAGCAAGCGUUGCCGCGCUCAAGGCAUUGGAGGAGAGCGCAGUGGACCACAGUCAGGAUCUCGAGGCUUUCAGAAGAGACCUGAUUGCUAUUUCCCGGACAACGCUCAGCUCAAAGGUUCUGGCGCAGGACAGAGAUCAGUUCUCGGAGCUCGCUGUGGACGCUGUCCUCCGUAUGCGUGGCUCAACCGACCUCACACACAUUCAGAUCAUCAAGAAGGCAGGUGGAAAGCUAUCAGACUCCUACCUUGACUCUGGCUUCAUCCUGGACAAGAAGUUUGGCACUGGUCAACCCAAGCGCAUUGAGAAUGCGAAGAUUCUGGUCGCAAAUACAUCAAUGGACACGGACAAGGUCAAGAUUUUUGGUGCGAGAGUCAAGGUGGAGAGCACAGGAAAGCUGGCAGAGCUGGAGAAGGCCGAGCGUGAGAAGAUGAAGGCCAAGGUCGAGAAGAUCAAGUCGCAUGGAAUCAACUGUUUCGUCAACCGACAACUCAUCUACAACUGGCCCGAGCAACUCUUCUCUGAUGCUGGAAUCUCCUCGAUCGAGCACGCAGACUUCGAUGGUGUGGAGAGAUUGGCACUGGUCACCGGCGCGGAGAUUACCAGCACGUUCGACCACCCCGAGCAUGUUAAGCUUGGCCACUGUGAUCUCAUCGAGGAAGUCAUCAUUGGUGAGGACAACCUCAUCCGAUUCUCUGGCGUYGCGGCUGGACGUGCUUGCACCAUCGUUCUUCGUGGCUCCUCAGAGCAGCUCCUUGAUGAAGCCGAGCGUAGCUUGCACGACGCCCUCGCCGUUCUGUCACAGACCGUUAAGCAGCCCAAGACCACACUCGGCGGUGGCUGCGCAGAGAUGCUGAUGUCCAAGGCUGUCGAUCAAGCUGCACAGAACGUGGCAGGCAAGAAAGCACUUGCGGUCGAUAGCUUCGCCAAGGCUCUCCGCCAGCUUCCUACCAUUCUUGCGGACAACGCAGGUCUCGAUUCCGCGGAUCUAGUUGCGCGGUUACGGAAGAGCCAUUACUCCGGCAUGUCAUCAAGCGGGCUGGACUUGAUGCGCCCAGGAGGUGGUAUUGCGGACAUGCGGCAGUUGGGUGUCAUUGAGGCUCACAAGCUUAAGAAGGCAGUUGUUAGCAGUGCCAGCGAGGCGGCGGAGCUUUUGUUGCGGGUGGAUAACAUCAUUCGCGCGGCUCCCAGAGCGCGGGAGAGGAUGUGA